AUUGUUGAUUUUAUAAGUUAAGACGUAUAGAAAGUUUGCAAUUUUUAGAAACUUUUAUUUUUCAUUAUUUUUUUAAAGAGUAAGCAUGCAGAGUAUACCUAUCCUCAGCCCAAUUGGAAUGUGUAUAUCAUCUUACUAUGCUCAUUCUCAUGUUUUAAAGGUUUUGGAAAUGGGUACUACUUAGUGAUGAUGUUUACAGUAGGAGUAGCACUAACACCCAAAAGCCACUCGUUCAACCCAAUUUUGCUGUGAUUGGACGUAAAUAAAUGCAGAGUUGUAGGGGGAAGAAGGGGUUUUAGAUAAUGAAAGAACAUAAUAAUACUAAAUGAAUCCAAUUCUGUUGUUGAUUGGAAAGAGUGAGAGUUAGAAAUGAAUCUUGUUUGUGCCAAAAUGUUGAAGAAAACAAGGAAGAGACAUGAAUGGAAACUGUAAUUAAGAAGAAGCCUUCAGAUUUGGGUAUAUAUUGUUGUACUUUCCACUUCUUCUUCAUGCUCUCUCUGUUGUAUCAUCUUGCCAAGCCAAACCCAACCCAACCCAACCCAUGUGUUCGAUUCCUUUCUUGCCCUCUCUCUAACUCUCUCUCUCUCUAUAUAUAUAUCUAUAUGUUGUAUAUUAUAUAUAUAUUUAAAGGAGAAAAGAAAAAAGGGUUCAGUUGUUUUGGAAGUAGUUAGUCUGAGAUAGCACUUUAAUCAGUACCACAAGAAUACCAUUCGCACGAGGCCUGCCGUUACUCCCUCUUUUCAGGGUUCUUCCUCUUUUUCCCUUUUAACUUCACCUUCCCCAUAAACUCCUUUUAACUCUUCCUCACUUUCUCCUACUCCUUAAUUAUUCCUAGUAAUUAAAUUCAUAGUUACAGUCAAAUUCAAACAAACGAUGUACUAGAAAGAAGUUUGAAUCUCACGUCUAUUUAACCUAUAGGACCUUUGACCCCUGAGGACCCACCUUGAAAUUGGUGGAAGACCACAUUUAAACGUCUAAUUAGAAAGGAAAAAUAAAACCACUGUUCUUCUCCAUGCCUGCCUAACUAUGUCUCACUCACAUAAUAAUUGGAAAAAUCGAUCAUAAAUGAAAAUUCCCAAAAUAAAUGACAAUUUUAGGAAGUAGACAACUCUAAGAUUGGUCCCGAGAAAGAGAAAGAGAAAUUAGCAUGAUGUAUUGGAGUUUUGUUGUAAAAUUGAGAAAAACAUAGUAAAAUGGAGAAAUAUACGGUCAGGUGACCGAGCUGCCCAGCCCCAUGCAAGGCAAGUUGUUGCAUCAGUCAACUUUGAAGCUUCUUCAUGUUGUGUUUAUCUAUAAAAGUUGGAUGCCAAAUCCAAAGCGUUGCAGUUAACAGAAAAAAGAGCAUAUUUUGUGAGACCCCAAAGAAUCCUCUCUUCCUUCCUUCCUUCCUUCCUUCCUUCCUUCCUUUCACAUCCUUUCCAUGGCUUCAUUCCCUCAUCUCUACUCUGAUCAUCUUCUUCCUCCCAACACCAACAACACUUUCUCUGAUGUCCACACCCUAUUAAUGCCUGCUGGAGACUAUGGAAUGUGUAGCAUUAGGCCCAAUCAUCAUGUCGAUUUGGCUGCCGGGGGACAGCCCUUCAUCAUCCCCUCCCCGUCCGAUGCCCUCUCGCCGCUUCUAACAAUGCCAUGUCCCGUCUCCGACAUGACUGUCCCGUCCUGGCCUGAGUCUAACAUGGGAUUGUAUGGCAUUCACAGCUUCAUCGGCAGCCAGGCAGCGUUGCCCGGGGCAUGCGAAUACGGCGAUGAGGUCUUCGGGUACGUGCCUGAGUUGAAGCCUGUGUAUAGCAGCAGCAAGUAUGAAAUGGGCGGCGUGGAAGAGAGUAACAUUAAGGUGGCAAUUCGGUACUCAGAGGAAGAGAGGAAAGAAAGGAUUGUGAGAUAUUUGAAGAAGAGAAACCAGAGGAAUUUCAACAAAACCAUCAAGUAUGCAUGUCGGAAGACGCUAGCAGACAGGAGAACACGAGUACGAGGAAGAUUUGCUCGCAACAACAACGAGCUCUGUCACACUCAGAUCCCUCUCCAAACCAACCAAUUAAACAAACAAAGAGAUCAAACGAACAAGGAAGAGGAAGAGAGUUGGCUGCAAGAAUUGGCAGCAAGUUUAAUGUAUUUACCUUAUGUCACAGAUUUCAGUGGCCUUGAUCAUCAUCUGUAAUUAUUUCACAAUUAUUACAAAACUACAAAAUUUUAUUAAAAAU